AGUUAUUAUUUGGGUGUAAGUGCGGUUGCUGUGUAUUUAAUAACAAAAUUUGGCAAAUUUAGUAGAAAGGUUAUUAUGAUUAUGAAUAAUUGACAAAAACGAUCUUAAGAAUUUUAUGAUGUGAAGAUUACCGCUUUUGCUUUGAAUAUUGUAAUUCUCAUUUUAAAUUCGGAAAUACCAUUGCAAGUGACUCAACUGGUACCAUUGGAACCAAAAAAAAAAAAUUUAAAUAAUACAUUAAAUCAGUUUUUGAUUUGAUCGAUAAAAUGACAACUGUAACUACAAUACCAAAUUAUAAUCGACAGCAAAGUGCUGAUUCUGGUUGGGAUAAUCCUUUUAGACCAGGUGGGGAUUUAUCUAGAGAAGCUGAUGAAAUAGUCAACAUGAUAAGAGGCGGAAAACCCAUAACACCAACAGAAGAGGACAUUGUUAGAAAUGGCGAUUCAAAACAUGAGGACGAAAGCAGCAAUACUAUAAUAGAAGACGUUUCUGAUCAAAUAAAAAUUACUCAAAGUCAAGCGGCACAAAAUGGAACGAAAUCAAGUAGUGUACAAGCUUCUGGGGCUACAAAGCCUCCAAUAACUACAGAUAGUAAUGGAACAUCUUCGGCUCAAGUCUCAAAAAAAGUAGUACCUGGUCCAUCUUCGGCUAGUCAUAUCAUAAUUGACGAAAAGAAAAAUGCAAAGAAGGGAUGCUGCUCAAUACAAUAAAUACAUGCUUUCGGUCUAUACCAGUCAUUCUUAAUGACAUCUUUAAAAUACUGCACUUGUUGAUUAGAUAUUUAAUGUAUUUCAGGAAAGCUUAAAUUCACUCCGUGAGAGCUAUAACGCAUUCGAGUAUAUUUAUUUAUUUUUUGUUUUUGGUAAUUGCACAUCACAAGUUAUACCAGUCUAUCAUUAUAAAAGUAUUUAUGUACACAAUUUUAUAAAAAUGAACAUUUAGCAUAAACGAAUCGUAAGUAAUCGAUUGUAGUAAUAUGAUUGUCCGAUAUUAUGUUAAGGUAUUUAUUUAACACAAAUAAAUAAUAAACGCCUAAUCAAUACUUA